AUGCCUCCGCUAGCGCCGUGGAUUCGGUCGAUGCUGGGCAGGAUAUCAGUGCAGGCGUACUGUUACGACAAGCACCUCGGCGUCCACGAAGCGAAGGACUGGGUGAAGCGGUCAGGAGCGCCCGCCGAGGCGGUGUCGGUCGAGGAGGUGCCCUGCACCGAGACCUCGCUGGCCAUGUUCGACAAGCUGAUCGACAGCGGCGUCGUCAGGGAGGACGGCACCAUCAGGAAGUGUAUGGAGGUCUGGGUAGGCGAUGUGGUGCUGGCGGAUGAGCUCCGCAAGUACGAGGACAGCGUGCAGCCCUACCUCGACGCGACGCGACUCAUCUACAAGGAGCUAAACUUCCUCUACCUGCUGGUGGACCCGCUCAAGAGGAUCGUCACCACCUUCUACCACCAGUUCGGCGCCAUGGUGGCCGAGAACUAG